UUGAGUACUCUUCAGCAAGAAAAACAUUGGGUAACCGGCAGGUUAUUUCUGUAGUUUUAAUAAUUUUAAUACAGCAAAUAUGGAACUGAACAAGUUAGCCGUUGAUCAGCUGGAUUUAAAAGACAAAAGAGUUCUUAUCAGAGUUGAUUUCAAUGUACCUCUGAAAGAUGGGAAGAUUACUAAUACACAAAGAAUUGAUGCAGCUUUGCCAACUAUUAAGUAUGCACUGGAUCAGGGAGCAAAAUCAGUGGUAUUGAUGAGUCAUUUAGGCAGACCAGAUGGACGAAGACAGGAUAAAUACACAAUGGCACCUGUCAAACCACAACUUGAUGCCAAGCUUGGAAGGAACGUGACAUUUUUAUCUGACUGUGUUGGGCCUGAAGUGGAAGCAGCCUGUGCUAGCCCCGCACCUGGUUCCGUGAUUCUGUUAGAGAAUCUACGUUUUCACAGAGAGGAAGAAGGCAAAGGUGUUGAUGUUAAAGGAGAGAAGGUAAAAGCUUCUGCCGCUGAUGUUGAAAAGUUCCGAGCAUCUUUGUCAAAAUUAGGAGAUGUUUAUGUCAAUGAUGCAUUCGGCACUGCUCACAGAGCUCAUAGUUCAAUGGUCGGAUGCCAGCUACCCCAGCGGGCUUCAGGAUAUCUAUUGAAGAAAGAAUUAACAUAUUUCUCAAAAGCUUUAGACAACCCAAAUAAACCAUUCCUUGCCAUACUUGGAGGAGCUAAGGUGGCUGAUAAGAUACAGUUAAUUGAGAACUUGCUAGAUAAAGUUACAGACAUGAUUAUUGGUGGAGGAAUGGCAUUCACUUUCCUUAAAGUCUUGAAUGGCAUGAAGAUCGGGAAUUCUUUAUAUGACGAGGAGGGGGCUAAAAUUGUAAAUAAACUUAUGGAAAAAGCCGAGAAAAAAGGUGUCAAGAUUUAUCUUCCAGUGGAUGUAGUGACUGGAGAUAAGUUUGCUGAAGACGCAACUGUCGGCAGUGCUACUGUGGCGUCUGGUAUUCCUGAUAAUUCAAUGGGUCUUGACAUUGGACCAGAAUCUAUCAAGUUAUUUACAGCUGCCGUAACAACAGCAAAGACAAUAGUCUGGAAUGGACCUCCAGGUGUGUUUGAGUUCCCAAACUUUGCUAAAGGAACCAUUGCUUUGAUGGAUGCAGUUGUACAAGCUACACAAAAUGGUGCAACUACCAUCAUUGGUGGUGGGGAUACAGCGACAUGUUGUGCUAAAUAUAACACAGAAGAUAAAGUCAGCCAUGUCAGUACAGGAGGCGGAGCUAGUCUUGAACUCUUGGAAGGUAAAAUUUUACCAGGUGUUGCAGCACUGUCCCCAGCCUCGUAAGCAUAUCCUGUCGGUAUCCUGAGAAGUGGAAUUUGAUGUCAACAACAGGCACUAGAUUUACACAAUUUACAUGUUUCUGUUGUACCGUCAUUAUAAGUCAUCCUUUAUUCUGAUGUUGAAGUAUGUUAGGGAAUGGUUUUAUAUUCCAAUCUGGUGUAACUAUUGCGAGAUUAAAUUAUUUGGAAAAUUUGAUAAAAUAUAUGCGGAAAAUAAUGUGCGUAAAUUUGUGAUGGAUAUUAUAAAUACGGAAACUAUCGAAACUUUGAUUUAUGGAUCCUAAAACAGUACCUAGUUUAAAUUUGAUUAGUUUUCUCACUUUUGCUUUUUAUCCUUGUCCAAGUGGUAAAAUUAGGUAUAUUUUUGUUAUUUAUGUGUACUGAGCUGUAAAUCCAACAUAGAAUUUCCUGAAAUGAGUUACAAUGCAACUCUGCCAUAAUUUCUAUAGAUUAAUGUUUAUUGUGAUGGUGAUCUUGGAUUUUGCAACCUGUUUCUAUAAUAGAAUCUCUAAAGUGCAGUAGUUGCUACCGUCAUGUGUCAAUAGGAAAUGGAGAAUAUGUACAAAAUCUGCAAACAGUUUAUACCUGAACAAUAAAUAUAGAUGCCGUGUCUAGAGGUGAUGUUUAUGGUAUUUCAAUGAUGACUUCAACUUACGCAUCAAAGUGCUAUCUCUAUACACUGACCCUGUUAUAUGUAGUAUAAAUUUUUCUUCUGUUUUAGGUAUUUAUGAAGAGUUUGUUAUAGAUAAUGUCUAUUAAAUUGUAUCAGAUGCUUA